AUGAAAUGGCUUAACCCUGAGAAGCAGUAUUGUGUUGUAAUAUGGCAGUGGAUUUCCGUCUUAUUGCUCUGACAACUGUUUCCUCUUUAUCACUAGCCUGCAAUGAAUAUCUUCAUAUGUGUUGCAAAAAGAUAAGUAGCACACAUUUCUAUCUAUUAUGGACAAUGUUAUUGGCAUAAGGGAUAACAUUUCAUGUUAGGGAGCACUGCAAAUUGCAAUGUCUAACGUUUGAAAAAACCCUUAAACUAUUCAAGGUCGCUGCAGUUUCUAGAUUGUUCAUUAAUUCAUUAAAUUAUGUUCAUGUAAAAAGACCCUUAAAAAAGUGAUACAACGAGCUGUGGAAGGUUUCGAGUUGGAGGUUUUUUUUGCACACAAACGACCCACGUGUCCACGUCCACGUGUUCGAGGGGCGUGGAUUCAACUGGGGCAUUGUCUGGCGAACAUCAUAGUUCCCGUGAAACGGAAGACACAUGAAAACGGACUGCUAACGUGAAAACAACGUAGGGGUUUUGACACAAGGAGCCUUGUGUGGUUCUAGCAGAGACAGUGUACAACAUCCAUGGUGCGAGCUCUUCUACAGGCGGACGGGUCUCCAGGAAGGAGUCACUUCUGCUUCAUUCACAUCUCGCCUCUGGGGCGUGGAGUGUCGUUUUAGCAUCUUUAGUGCGUAUGCUAACACUAGCGAACAAGAGCCAGAGUCUCCUGGACAGUUUAUGGGGAACACAUGGAGUGCAGCCAUUGAUGAUAAGAUGGUAAAAUGAAAACAAAGACUUCUUUUAUUGAAAGGGGAAUGUUAACUCUAGGCUUUUCUAGACCAGAUGCCUACAACAUCCUCCUCUAAAACUAGAACGACCUCAGUGCCGGUGGAUAGCCCCCUCCGAAGCACACCUAGUGUAUUUGACCUGACGGUGGAUACUACAGCUUCCAACCAGACAGCAAACCAAAGCAAAGCAUUUAUAUUUCUCCUUUUUAAACAAUUAAAUAAAUAAGUGACUAUUUGUAUUCCUUUUUUUCUUAAUAGCUUUGAGCUUUACAUCCAGAGAGAUUUUUAUAAACGUAAUCUGUAAAAAUGAGUCCUGAAAUGGAAUCAGUGGACAUAGCUGUGGUAGCACUGUACUUUGUCCUGGUGCUAGGCAUUGGGUUUUUUGCCAUGUGGAAAGCCAAUCGUAACACUGUGAGUGGCUACUUCCUGGCUGGACGCUCCAUGACGUGGAUAGUGAUAGGUGCAUCACUCUUUGUCAGCAACAUUGGCAGUGAACAUUUCAUAGGCCUGGCUGGGUCAGGAGCAGCAAGUGGCUUUGCUGUUGGAGCAUGGGAAUUUAAUGCACUUCUGCUUCUGCAGCUGCUUGGCUGGGUAUUUAUCCCUGUGUAUAUACACUCCGGGGUCUACACCAUGCCUGAGUACCUGUCGAAACGCUACGGUGGCAACAGGCUAAAGAUUUACUUUGCCCUCUUGUCUGUGUUACUUUACAUUUUUACCAAGCUGUCUGUGGACUUGUAUGCUGGAGCUCUCUUCAUUCAGGAGUCCCUUGGGUGGAACCUUUAUGUGUCCAUUGUCCUGCUCAUCAGCAUGACUGCAGUGCUUACCGUCACUGGUGGAUUGGUGGCAGUACUCUACACUGAUGUACUUCAGGCAGUGUUGAUGAUUAGUGGAGCCUUAACCUUAACCAUCCUCAGCCUAAUCAAAGUUGGUGGGCUAGAAGGUGUCAGAACUAAGUACAUGCAGGCAGUUCCCAAUGUUACUGCUAUAAUGGCCAGUGGAAACUUCACCUAUUCUCCUUCCUGCCGCAUUGAGCCAAAACCAAACUCGUUGCGAAUCCUUCGAGGUCCUCUGGAUGAAGAUAUCCCAUGGCCAGGCUUCAUUCUUGGUCAGACCCCUGCAUCUAUUUGGUACUGGUGUGCAGACCAGGUCAUUGUUCAGAGAGUACUAGCAGCAAAGAACAUUGCUCACGCUAAGGGAUCUACACUCAUGGCUGGAUUCCUCAAGAUCCUGCCCAUGUUUAUAAUAGUCAUUCCAGGAAUGAUCUCCCGCAUCUUGUUUCCGGACGAGAUUGCCUGCAUUGGGCCAGAGCACUGCAUGGCUGUGUGUGGUUCUCAAGCCGGUUGCUCAAACAUUGCCUACCCACGCCUGGUCAUGGCAGUGAUGCCUGUGGGACUCAGGGGUCUGAUGAUGGCCGUCAUGAUCGCUGCCUUGAUGAGUGAUCUAGACUCUAUCUUCAACAGUGCAAGCACCAUCUUCACCCUGGACAUCUACAAACAUGUUCGAAGUGAGGCGUCUCAGCGUGAGCUGCUGAUGGUGGGCCGCGUGUUUGUUGCUGUUAUGGUGGUAAUAAGCAUUGCCUGGGUCCCUGUUAUUAUUCAAAUGCAAGGUGGACAGACAUACCUCUACAUCCAGGAAGUUACUGGCUACCUCACUCCACCAAUUGCUGCCAUCUUCCUGUUAGGUGUGUUCUGGAAACGGUGUAAUGAGAUAGGUGCAUUUUGUGGAGGUAUGACAGGUUUCACUCUCGGUGCCCUACGACUGAUCCUAGCUUUUAUCUACCGCCAGCCUCCCUGUGACCAGCCAGAUGAUAGGCCUGCCUUCAUUGUUCAUGUUCAUUACAUGUAUUUUGCCGCUGGGCUGUUCUGGAGUUCAGUGUUGGUGGCGGUGGUGGUGAGCCUCUGCACCUCUCCACCAGAUGAGGAGGCGGUUCGCACCACCACAUUCUGGGGGCUCAGCGAGAUUAAAAAGGUUCCCACAAAGGACCGAAAUGAAACGUACAGGUUGACUGACGAGAGCCAUCAUAAUGGCGAUGGAAGACUCCAUAAAGAAAUGCCACAAAAUGUCAAAAAGGAGAGGUGUUUGGAUGGGGCGGAUGUCAAACUCCUGGUCCCAUCCACUGACCAUGACCCAGCAACCCCUAGUACGGAAACCUCCCCUGCCACCACCCCUGCAGAACAAUUUGGUAAUGGAAGGAUGGAAAUGAUCAGCGAUGAAAGUGGCCAUGUUAAUGGAGAGACUAGCAGGUGUAUGCGUUUAUUGAAAUGGUUUUGUGGAUAUAAUGACGAAGCACAGAGCACUCAGCAAAAAGUAGUGCAGGAGGAUGUCGUUGCAGAGAUGCUCUACGAGCCACCUAGAGUUAAAAUAAUCCUCAAUAUGGGUCUGCUAUUAGUCUGCUGUGUGGGCAUCUUCAUGUUUGUUUAUUUCUCACUGUAGUUAAACUCUACACUGACCUAAUGGGGACUGGUUUGGAUGUUUUUAUUAAGGGGGGAAGUUAUGUUGGGCUGUUAUAAAGAAACAGCUGACCUUUCAAAGAUUUGACAAAUUUUGUCUGUGAUAUUUACAGUUGUCUUUUUUAGCUCUGCAACAGGGAUAUAAGCUUACUCUAAUCAUUUUUUUUAAUGAUUAAAGCUUGAAACAUGAAAACAAUUGUACUCCGUAAUGACUAAGAAGCUUAUUUGGCACGUGCGUGUCAAUUUUGUACAGCGCUUAUCAAUCCUGCACUAGAAAAUGUUUUAAAAUUAGUUAUUUUUCUUUUGAAUUGUUGUACUGUUGAGUGAAUUUAAUAUUUGACAUAUGCACGUCUGUAUAAUGUAAUGUAUGGGUGUGUGUCCUCCCCAUUCUUGUUGACCGUGACUAUAGGCUUAGUUGCUGGUGUAGCAUACAUAUGUCUGUAGUAAGUCAAACAACUAUUUUUGGUCAAAGCCUUGGCAGCCUUUGCUGCUGAACACUAUACUAUUACUGCAUUAUUCUAGUAGAACCUUUUAGUGUUUUAUUACUAUUUCAUUUUUAUUGUGCCCUGAACUGUAAUUUUUAAGGUUAUUGGCAAAUGACCUAAUACGUUUCCAUUUUGUUUUGCUGGAGAGCACAGGUACAAAUGAUAUCUUACACACAUUUUUUAGGGGGACCAUUAUGAAGUUAGUAAAUGUUAGUGUUUAUGUUAAGUGGUAAGAAGCAUUGCUUCUCUGCUGCUGUUACAUAUGACCAUUAUGUUAAUGGUGAUUAUUAUGAUCACCGGGUGUGAUUUAGCCUACUGGAGGUUUUGCGUCAGGCUUUGCUAUUGCAUUGCUAUUUUUAAAAUGUAUGUUAAAAUGUGUGUGUGUGUGUGUGUGUGUGUGUGUGUGUGUGAGCGUGUUGGAUCACCCACAAUAUACAUUUCUUCUAUAGCAGACUAUUUCUUGUGUAUCUACUGUGUGUCCGUGUACCUUGUAGUGCAUUGCAGUUUAUUUAAUCUUGUUCUAAGUGCGUCAUUUAAACCUCUUACCAAAUGUGUCUUAGUAUGCAAUGCUAAAGUAAAAAAACUAAGAAUUCAAUUUACAUCCUGAAAAUGUUGUGCAGUGAAUAUCACAUUUGUUUAAAGCCAUAUCAUAAUUCAGCUUUGUCAUGUUGUAAAUUUUCAGUUUACAUAUUCACAUUUUGAAGUGGCUAACCUCCUGGAUUGUGGUCAUUAUUUCCACAGUGUAAGGUGUCCAGACAACUCUACCCCGCAACCCAAGAAUACAAAAAAAAAAAAAAAAAUAUUUGUGUUUAUGUAUUUUGAAAUUUGACCAGUGUUUACUGACCUCCGUCUAAAACACCAGUGUCAUAAUGUGAUUAACGUCAGGCAUAAAUGACUUAUAUAGAAGAUAAAUGAUAAUUGCUGUAUGUGAAAACACUAUAAAAACAUUUGAUUUCUAUCUGACAGAAUAUACAUUGUUAUUUUUUAUGGAUUUUAUUUUUAGAGACUGAAAAUAAAAUUUCUGUGGAGACAAAAA